ACAGUAAUUGAUCGACGGUCCCUAAAAUACCGUUUCCGAAUGUCUGUGUAAUGUCCGAAUAUCAAACUAAUUUCACCGCGGUCUGUUACCAUACUGCGUACAUCUUUGCUAUGACUCGUUCCUAGGACUAGUGUACUGACCAAUGACCAGUGAUCAUCUUCUGGCCAACAAUUAGAGGAAGAGCGUUUUUUUCUUUUGUAACUAAGACACGUUCACGUCCGGAAUUGAAAACGAAAGUAAAAUCAAAGUUGUUAGAACACUGAGAGAAGGAAUUAAUCAUCCACGAGACCACGGACUUGAAGAUGACCUCUGAGCCGCAAGAUCAGAAACGAACGGGAAAUUCAGUAUGUAAUCCAGAUUGCCCAGCUCUUCCUCAUGAUGCUAUUCAGGAAAUUCUUCAUAACCUGCCUGGCCACCAGGUGAUUCUUGUGUGCCGCCUGGUGUGUACUGAGUGGAAGUCGGUGGUGGACAGCACUGCAUUUUGGAGAGAGCGAUGCCGUAGGGAAGGAUUCAAGCCUCUCAAUACCUAUAAAGUCCCAAGAGAUUGGCAGGAGUUUUAUUUUCUAUGUAAGAAGCGACGGAAUUUGUUGAAGAAUCCCAAUGCAGAAGAUGGCUUCACUGGCUGGAAAAUCAUAGAAAAUGGAGGUGAUAAAUGGGUUGUAGAGAAUAUAUUCACACCUCAUCCAGAUGAGACUGUAACAAAAUGCUUUGUUACCUCUUAUAUGCGAUGCAUAAAGAGUCAGCUGAUCAACCUUAAGAAAGAAGGGUACAAUCCUGCGUUUAUGGAUGAAAUUCAGCCUGACAUUGUGAUAUCAGAUUGGUAUGCUCCACGGUGGGACUGUGGCAGUGUAUAUGAAAUUCAUGUUGAGUUACUCAAUCGCAAGAAGAAGACUGUCCAGUUCUUUCAACCAGAUCCAGUGGAAUUUCCACAAUGGAAUGAUCAGCAAUGGGAACAAAUGACAUACACCUUUAAGGACUAUGGACCUGGUGUUCGAUUUAUCCAUUUUAAACACGGAGGGCAGGACACACAGUUAUGGGCUGGAUAUUAUGGAAUAAGGGUUACUAACAGUAGUGUGGAAGUCUGCCCAUCAGCCUAAAAUAGCCAUUUUAAUACACCUAUAGGAAAUAAAAGAAAAUAUUUUCAAGUCUUAUAAAAAGAAAUAUAUUAUUCAUUAAUGUUCUUAUGAAAAAUGUUACUGAUUACUGUAAUCUAUUUUGCUAACAUGCUAAACACGUAUUAGUCUUGUACAGGUAAUCUGUGAGCUCUUAAACUGCUGUGAUAUUUGCAGUGUUUAGCACAUUAUGAUUUUACUUGAUUGUCAUGUCUUCGAUAUAUUAAAUGUUUGUUUUCAAAUUUGUCUGUGAUGCUCGAGAUCAUUAAAAGAAGAUGGGACAGAGAAUAUUGCCUGAUAUGUUAAUAUAAGCUAGUCCAAUUAACUUUCAUAAUAAUAAGUAUUACUUGAUUUUUUACAUUUAAUUCUAAUUGUUUUUUCUGACAUCUCCACUGACAUACAGCAAAUGUUGAUACGUGCAUCAUAUUAAAACAUUCAGACCUCUUAUUGGUGCCUUUAACCAAACUUUCUUCCUUUACUUUUAAAAGAAAAGUGUUUCAUUUUUGCUUAAUAAAUAUAUAUUUCCCUCA